UUCCUGAUGUUUGCUGAGAAAUGACGUUUUUUUCUCUCUCCUCCACACACCACGUGGGCCAUUUGUAGGGCCCAAUAGACCUAUCCAAGUUACUCACUGUAGACAGCGCUGGAAAUAAUCAGAUUAAGGCCAAUUAUGCGUGAGAUUAUAAAGGCAAGUGCUGAGAGGCAGAGCAUGCUGUAGACAGAUAUAAAGACAUCUGGCCACUUCCAGAACUCCACAGAGCCCUUCUGUCUCUGCAGCCAAGAGCUCGCAGCAUCUUAUUCCAGUCCAAACCCCCACAAAUCGUACUGGGGAUUUUUACUUCUCUUCGUUUUAGCUCUGGACGGCGGCGGUGACUCCGGGCCAUGUUCUAUUUCCACUGCCCCCCGCAGCUAGAGGGCGCUGCCCCCUUCGGAGGCCACUCCACGGGCGACUUCGACGAUGGCUUCCUCCGCCGAAAGCAGCGCAGGAACAGGACCACCUUCACCCUGCAGCAGCUAGAAGCACUGGAGGCAGUUUUUGCUCAAACCCACUACCCCGAUGUGUUCACUAGAGAAGAGCUGGCCAUGAAAAUCAACCUCACAGAAGCCAGGGUGCAGGUCUGGUUCCAGAAUCGAAGGGCUAAAUGGAGGAAAACAGAGCGAGGCGCUUCAGAUCAAGAAGGAUCAAAGGAAACAAUGACGGAGGUGGCACCCCCUGUUCGGAACCUCAGUUCCCCCUCUCCAGUUGACCCAGCCAGGAAUAAGAAAGAGAGUCUGGAAAUUCAGCAAAGUCUGAGCCGAGCAGUUGGCCCAACGGGGCCUUUCUUCCCUUCAUGUCUUCCUGGGACUCUUCUCAACACAGCCACCUAUGCUCAGGCUUUAUCCCAUGUUGCUUCUCUAAAAGGUGUUUCACUUGGAUAAGGCAGCCACUGACAAGGAGGAGGAGACUGCUGAGCCCAGAAGACAAUUUUCAGAGAAGCCAUACCCAGACUGUAAAACUCAGUGCUUCAAGGCACUUCAGGGAACAAGAAACUUCCCCAUUUUCAGCAUGGAAAGCAAAACUCUGUCAUUUGACAGAACAAAGGAAUUUAAAAGACUGUAAAAACAUUCCUAAUUUUAAACUCAAGUGAUUUCAGUAGAAAUUAAACUCAGAGUUACAGUUAAGCCUAUGCUCAUGUAUUAUGCUUUCUGGAUGAUAUCACUUAACAGACCCUCAUAGUACUGGGAAUAGAAAACAGUGUUAACAACACAUGUUUUUUAAAGAAAUUCACCUCUUUGUGAGGUUCUAUAAUAUAUAAUAAGCAUUUUUUUCCUGUUCUGUCUUGUAGAAGCCGGAAUUUUAGAAGAUCCUGCAUAAUGUCUGUAGACAACAGUUAGUUUAGGACUGGAAAAACUUAGCUCCUAAACAGUGUUAGUUUAGGAGCCAGAGAGGACGUCAAGGUCUGUGCGGAAGUCUCAGUACCUGAUAUCUUUUAUAUAAACUACAAAUUGUUUUUGUCUCUUCUCUACCAAAAGAGAUGCUAUUGGCUUGAUGAGGGAUACAUUAAAGGAUUAAAAUAAAGGACAAAUAUUCUCCUCCCUACUCCUUACAGGGGGGUCUAAAGAGUCUGCUUUCCCCACAUGUUGCUCUCCAGCAGAUUUGAGAAUUCUGCCCUGAGAGCUUGCUUGUGAUAUUUUCAUAGUUUCUAUCACAGACAUUUCUAUAAAAGUCAUUUGCAUUCAUUUAUAAUCUUGCCUGCACAGGGGCCCAUCUAGUUUGGUUUACACUGUCUACAAGAAAUGGCCGUGAUUAGAUUGUUGGUUUAUUAAUGCAGGUGGCCUCAAGACAAAUCACCAUCUCUAGACACCUCUGAAACGUGUGUGUGUGUGUCAUGUUCAGAAUCAAAGCUCAGAUGCAACAUAAAAUCUUGCAAAUGAUCUCUAUUAGUAUUACCAUGACAGAAUCCAAUACUCAAAUACUAGCCAAAAUACUUUUAAAUAUGCUUUAAAGAAGGUAAGUUCCAGACAUUUUUGGGGGGAGAGGGAGUUUCAAAAGAGAUGACUUGUCAUGGGAACCCACCUCCUCUGGUGCUUUGGAAUAUCCCAGACUUUCAAUCUAACAAGUGUUUCUGAGUCUUCUGAAGUUUGCCCAUGGUGAAUCAA